GCAGCAGAGCUCACAAUUAUCUUGAUCACGGCCAAGAACAGUGUUAUUUAUCGUAUAGGCAAUAAUCAUGAAGACUGUUACAAUUUUUUUUACAUUUUUAUAUUUACUUCAAAGUACAAAUUCGUAUUACAACGAUGAUGGCUUUGUGACGAUUGAAGAUGAAGAAUAUGCCGUUCCAAGCCCUUGUAACGGAUACUGUGAAGAAAAUAGUUUUAGAGGGAAAAGGUCGGGGUUUUCAGUGAAAAGCCGAGUUGUAGACGAGAUGAUGAGCACAAAAGUGUUACCCUUAAGACCAGAUGCACCAGAUUUUUUUUCAUUUCUGAGGGAUCAGUACGAUUUGCCUAAGGGUGUCAAAGGACCUCUCUCAGAAUACGACUUCAUCAUCGUAGGCGCAGGGUCCGCGGGCAGCGUGCUAGCUGCACGUCUGAGUGAGGGUCGGAAGGCAUCAGUGCUACUCAUUGAAGCCGGCCGAGGGGAGUCACUGCUGACUGACGUACCUAUCAUAGCUCCUCUGCUUCAACAGACUGACUACGUGUGGCCCUAUGUUAUGGAGUACCAGCCUGGAGUUUGCACGGGGAUGGUGGAUGGGAGGUGCUUCUGGCCCAGGGGCAAGGCCGUGGGUGGGACUAGCGUGGUCAACUACAUGAUCUACACGCGAGGCUUGCAGGAGGAUUGGAACAGGAUCGCUGCCGCCGGCAACUAUGGAUGGUCCUACAACGAAGUGACGAAGUAUUACAUCAAAUCGGAGCGUGCCAAUCUGAAGGGCCUCAACAAUUCGCCUUGGCAUGGACGUGACGGAGAAUUAUCUGUAGAAGAUGUGCCAUUUAGAUCUAAGCUGUCGAAAGCGUUUUUGGAUGCAGCGAAAUUAUACGGACAUCGCAGGGUGGACUACAAUACCCCAGACGCUUUUGGCUUCAGCUACAUCCAAGCCACUUUGACUAAGGGACACCGUGCCAGCAGCGCCAAAGCUUUCCUACACAAUAACAAAAAGAGGAAAAAUCUACACAUAUUAACAACUACCAGAGCAACUAAAGUUAUCAUCGACCCUAUUACUAGAACCGCAGUGGGAGUUGAAUUCCACAAAAAUGGUCGAGUUUACCAAAUUAGAGCCAAGAAAGAAGUGAUACUCUCAGCUGGACCAAUAGAAUCACCACAUUUACUCAUGCUUUCAGGAAUAGGACCUGCAAGACAAUUGCAGUCUUUCGGAAUACCUGUGAUACAAGAUCUCAAAGUAGGAGAAUCAUUGUACGAUCACAUUUCGUUCCCUGCAUUAGCUUUUACUCUGAAUCAGACAAGAUUAACAUUAGUCGAAAAGAAAAUGGCUACUAUACAAAAUGUAGUCCAGUUCGAUCAUUAUGGGGAUGGUCCGAUGUCGUCUCUGGCUGGAGUGGAAACUAUUGGGUACAUCAAAACGAAUGUAUCUGACGAAAUUGGCGACUACCCUGACAUAGAACUUCUCGGCUCUUGCGCUUCGAUGGCGUCUGAUGAAGGUAACAUCGUAGCGAAAGGGAUCCGUAUGGCAGACUGGUUUUAUAAUGACGUCUACAAACCCAUAGAAGGCAUCGAAAGCUUUACAAUUCUAUUCAUGCUUCUACAUCCAAAAUCAAAGGGUUAUUUAGAGCUGCAAUCUGCAGAUCCUUACCAACCGCCUAGACUAUACGGUAACUACUUAUCGCAUCAGAAGGACGUUGAUACAAUGGUAGCCGCAAUCAGGUACAUACUUAAACUUGUGGACACACCUCCAUUCAGAAAAUACGGUGCGACGUUACAUACAAAGAAGUUUCCUAACUGCAAACAAUAUGAGUUUGGAAGUGAUGACUAUUGGGAGUGCGCUGUGCGUGCUGUGACUGCGACGCUCCAUCAUCAGAUAGCGACCUGCAAGAUGGGCCCACCCUCUGAUCCUGAGGCAGUGGUCGACCCUGAACUGAGAGUGUAUGGCGUCAGAAAUCUGCGAGUUGUCGACAGUAGUAUUAUACCUAGGACAAUAGUAGCUCAUACUAACGCACCAGCCAUUAUGAUUGGGGAAAAGGGUGCUGAUAUGAUCAAAAAUACUUGGAACCUAUACUGAAACCCACUACGGUGCCAACUCAAUAAAUAGGUGCCAAGUGCCGAGGAUGCAAGAUGAAGUCAUUCAAGCCAAAUGUUGUCUUAAUUAAUACAAAACUCGUUGGGAUUUUAACUUCUCGGGUGCAUGAAGUGGAUCUUCGAGUAAUUAGUGUAAUGUUAUUUUAAGUGACCUGUGAAAAUACAU